AUGGGUGAUGGUGAUAAAAAUAGAAAAGGUAAAGAUAAAAAACCUCUUCGUAAUGGUAGCAUGCCUGAUGGUUCCGAGCAUGAAAUGAACUAUAUAGAUAGUGAAGGCCUUUUAAAAAAGUGUAAUGAUUGUAAAAAAAAUAGGCCUGAUCCAAACAACCUAAACUGUUGCGCUUCAUGCAUUCUUUCAGCUCAAACCGAUUUUGCAACUCAAACAUCAUGCAUACAAGAG